AUGUCAAUCAUUGCAUCAAUUACCUCAAUCUCAAAAGUUUCAUCAAAAAACAUUCCAUCAAGUUCAAACUUACCAACAUCAACUAACAAAAUUCAAUUUGGAAAUAAUCAAGUUUCUGGUGGUCUUGUUAGCGAUUUGGUUUGUAAUAUUGCCACUGCUGUUGAAAAACUUGGUCUUUAA